CGAGACACACGGUUGACCAUACUCACGAGCAAGGAGUUAAGAUAAAAGUUAUUAACUUCGCUGGAUGUGUUCGCUUGAGUCGCCACUUUGAUUAAACGUUGAAUUACUAAUUCACUCGUUGAACCUCUUUCUUGUCGGAAUUGACCACGGCGAUCAUCUGAUGAAUAAGUUAACACAAACUUCGGAAGAAGAAAUCCAAGCAGUUGUUGACAAGUGCUGGCAGGAUAUCGGGGAUAUUUGCGGAGAUGAAACGGUUAAAAAAUCUUUAUCAUCGCCUUUUGACCCAAGAAUUAGAGGUUGGAGAGUCGUUAGGCUAUUUGUUUCAUCAACGUUCGCCGAUUAUCAUGCUGAAAGGGAAGUUUUAGUCAAAAAGGUAAGUCUUGUGUCUUUUUUAACAUUCGCAUUUUUUCCUUUACGGUAGUUUGCACAAAGCAAGCUUUGAAUUAUUAUUGUUUAAUUUUUGUCUUUUUCCUAGUCUUCAAUUUUCUUAUAAAAUGGUGCUUCUUAGUUAGCUUGAGGAUAUAUUUCAUAAAGAAAACAUACGUUCAUACGUCAGCGUGCGUUCAUCGAGAUAUGAAGCACGCGGAAGUUUGGAGAGCACGAAAGAUGCGUAAGAGCACUCAAUUCUGAUUAUACAAUGGUAAACGGUAUUUAAUUUCUUUAUCAUCAUCAGAUAUAGAAAAGAUGAUUCAGUUGUCGGCUAUUUCUGAAUUAAAGGUCAAGUGUAUUGAGUGCUCUCCAAACUUCCAAGUGCUUCAUAUCUCGAUGAACGCACAGCUGACGUAUAAACCAAUUGUUUUAUGACAUUUUCAACCCGAUGGUUUAAAUGUUGUAAAUGGGUUAAUAUUCCCUCUGUUACGCUUCAGCGCGUUGAUAAUUUUGUUUCAGGAAAGCAUUUCGCUACGCUGUAAGCGAUCUUGUCUUAGAUUGGUUAAAAAACUGACAGGUGAAUUCAUGCGUGUGGAUGAACUUUAUUUUCUGAUUGAAUACAAAAUUCUCAAGGGAUUCGUUUGCUGACGUCAUGAGCGUGCACAAUUUAACAAAUAGAUUCCAAGUUGCCGUGCAUCUGUUCAGUAAUAGAUCACAGAUGACGUCAAAAUGUGGUAAGAACAAAAAAGUGGCACACGAGGCACAGCAUCUUUGGUGCCUCCUUAUAAUGAGAAUUAUGUACCAAAACAAAACGAGGCAUUGCCAGCACCCCUGACUCAGUUGUUUAACAUUGCUCAGAACUGAAAUUUCAAAAUCUUCAAGAAGUGUGACGUCAUGUGAAAAUGAAGAAUUGUCAGAAACUAUUUAUAGAGAGUUCUCUGAUUCCCUGGAGACAUCACUAAGAGAGGUGCAUGGGAGGAGGGUAAGGAGUCCUAGUCACCUUGGGUAAAGUGAGGGUGGAUACAAAGAAUUUUGUGUGAAGAGAAAGGAGGAAGAUGCUGUUGGUGUUAAGACUUAUUAAGCUUAACCCUUUACACCCUGACAUCAGUAUGCAUAUUCUCCAUACUAUUUUCUAUACAUUUUCUAAGGUGCUGACAAGGAGAAUUUGUCUAACAAUCAAGAACUUCUUUAGUUUGUGAUGAGAUCCCUUACUUGCCUGACCUUAAUGUUUGAUUCAGGGGUGAUAUGGUAAGGAGAAACUAGCUGCCAGUCACCCCUAGGGGUUAAAGGAUUAAGUUGUUCUGGCUAAGUCAAUUUCAACUUAAGCAUCAGAUGAUAAAGGACUAAAUAGAAUUUCAAACCAGGUCAAAUCACUUUUAUUUACCCAUGGUUAAUUCUUUAGGAAUUACAGUAUUGUGAACAUAAAUACAGGAGAAGGGGCCACAAGGCAAAACCUAAACACUUGCAGACUUCACAGAUGGCAGCAAGAAGUUUUAUAGGGGGGCAGUAGACUGCUCGUAGCCAGCUUUUACUUAAGCCCUUGAUUUACUGUGAUGAGUCUUGUGUCUGAUAGGUUGUUCCAGAGCUGCGUGAGUGGUGUGAAGAGAAGUCAAUCAAUUUGAUUGAAUGUGACCUCAGAUGGGGUGUCCCAAAAGACUCCACAACAGAAACAACUAUCAGAACUUGUUUGGGUGAAAUUAAUCGCUGUGCAGCAGAGGCAGAUGGGGAACCAUUUUUCUUAAACAUGCUGGGAGAGCGGUAAUGUAUACCACUUUCAAAUUUUUUUUCUAAUUUCUAGAGUCUAAACUGAAUCCUUAACCCUUAACCCUUAAACUCCCAGAAGUGAUUAACAUGUAACUUCUCCUUUUUGAUAUCCAUACUUUAUCCAUCAAACAGGUUACAAGAAUAAUCAAACUUAUCAGAUGUAAGUUUUUAUUUUGAUCUAAAACCAAAUUCUUUUAACUUAUUGAUAAGUUAUCUCACAGCUUUUAGUCUCAAAUAACUUUUGAUUGUUACCUUUUUUUAGUGUUUAAGUCACUUAAACUGUAUCAAAUACACAAAUGUAACAGUUAUGCUUAAACUAAACAGAUCAUUUACAUCUGUAGAUAUGGAUGGAUUCCAAAAUCAUCAGAAAUAUCAAAAGAAAUUAAAGAGGAGUACCAGUGGAUUUUUCAAACAUCAAUAACACACAUGGAAAUCAUUCAUGCUGCAUACAAGAUGCAAAAUAAAAACGCACUAUUUCUUUUGAGAGAUUCUGAGUUUUUAGCAGAUCUGCCCCCACAGAUGAUGAAAGCAUUUGUGGAUGAUCAUCCUCUGAAUAAGGCACAUUUAAAGGUAAUUUAAGGGUAAAUUCUGUAUGAAUAAACUUUUACACCACUGUUUUCAGCUGCUACUUUUUUCCUGAAGUACCAGCUACUUUAAUGUAAUCUUUUACCUAAAGGAGCUCUUGACUGCAGUGAAACAAAUACUCCUUGACAGCACCUUAGGAAAUGUACAGAGAACAGUAUGGAGAAUAUGCAUACUGAAGUAAAGGUCUAAAGGAGUACUGUUGAGCAUCUACUGUUUUUUUUCCUAGUUUGGCAAAUUUCUCUAAAACAUAUACCACAAUUCUUUUGAAGGCAUUGAAGGAAAAUCUGAGACAAAGAUAUCCUGAACAAGUAUUUGAUUAUUCUUGUCAAUAUGGUGGGAUUGAUGAAUCAACAGGAAGGUCAAAGGUAGUAAUUGCUGUUUCUGUAGCUUUUAUAUAUUUGAAGUACUUAAGUGUGUAGUUCUUAGGAUAUCAAGAAUCCAUGAUUAGUCCCAAAAUUUGGAAUUUUUUUAAUUUUUAAUCCAGAAUACAAAAUUGGCCACUAGUGUCCAAAAUACAGAAUCGGCCACUAGGGUCCAAAAUACAAAAAUUAUUGGCCACUAGGGUCAAAAGUCAAAAUCAACCAACAGGGUCCAAAAUACAAAAUCAGCCAGUAGUGUCCGAAAUAAAAAGUCAGCCACUAGUGUCCAAACCACAAAAUCGGCCACAAAAAUCCAAAAUACAAAAUUGGCCACUAGAGUUCAUAACACAAGAUCGAUCACUAGUGUCCCAAAUACCAAAUCAGCCACUAGUGUCCAAAAUAUGAAAUAGGCCACUAGGGUCCAACAUACAAAACUGGCUACUAGGGUUCAAAAUACAAAAUCAGCCACUAGUGCCCAAAAUAUGAAAUCGGCUACUAGGGUCCAAAAUAUGAAAUCGGCUACUAGGGUCCAAAAUAUGAAAUUGGAUACUAGAGUCCAAAAUACAAAAUUGGCCACUAGUGCCCUAAUUAUAAAAUCAGCCACUAGAGUCCAAGAUACAAAAUCGGCCCCUAGUGUUCAAAAUACAAAAUCAGCCACUGGGGCCAAAAUACGAAAUCAGCCACCAGGGUCCAAUUUACAAAAUCAGCCACUAGUGUCCAAAAUACAAAAUCAGCCAUAAGAGUCCAAAAUACAAAAUUAGCCACUAGGUUCUAAAAUACAAAAUAGGCCACCAGAGUCCAAAUUACAAGAUCGGCCGCAAAUGUCCAAAGUCCCAAAUCGGCCUUCAAUGUCCAAAAUACAAAAUUGGCCACCAGGGUCCAAAAUACAAAAUAGGCAACUAGCGUCCAAAAUGCAAAAUCGGCACUAGGGUCAAAAAUACAAAAUCAGCCACUAGAGUCCAAAUACAUAAUCCGUCACUAGAAUCCAAAAUACAUAAUUGGCCACCAGGGUCCAAAAUGCAAAAUUGGCCACUAGUUUCCAAAAUACGAAAUCAGCCAGUAGGGUCCAAAAUACAAAAUUGGCAACUUAAACCAAAAUACAAAACUAGCCACUAAAGUCCAAAAUAUAUAAUUGGCCACUAGAGUCCAAAAUACAAAAUCGGCCACUAGGGUCCAAAAUGCAAAAUCCGCCACUGGAGUCCAAAAUACAGAAUUGGCCACUAGAGUCCAAAAUAAAAAAUCGGCCACUAGAGUCCAAAAUACAAAAUUGGCCACUAGAGUCCAAAAUAAGAAAUCAGCCACUAGAGUCUAAAAUACAAACCGUCCAUUAGGGUCCAAAAUGCAAAAUCAGCCACUGGUGUCCAAAAUGCAAAAUCGGCCACUAGAGUCCAAAAUGUAAAAUCAGCCACUAGAGUCCAAAAUACAAAAUUGGCCACUAGUGUCCAAAGUACAAAAUCGGCCACUAGGGUCCAAGUUACAAAAUUGGCCACAAGGGUCCAAAAUAAAAAAUCAGCCACUAGGGUCCAAAAUACAAAAUUGGCCACAAGGGUUCAAAAUCCAAAAUCGGCCACUGAUGUCCAAAGAACAAAAUCGGCCACUAGGGUCCAAAAUACGAAAUCGGCCACUAGGGUCCAAAAUACAAAGUCAGCCACUUGUGUCCAAAAUCUUAAAUCUGACAAAAGUGUCCAAAAUCUCAAAUCGGACAGUAUUGUCCAAAGUUUAAAAAUUCGAUUGUUUUGGUCAUUAUAUUCUCAGAAAUACGCUCUUGACUAUAAAAGAAAAUUUACAUGCAUUUUCAAAAGUAAGCCCUAAUUUGAAAUGAAUUCUGUAUUUAAGGCAACUCACAAAAUUCUUCCACCUCUGAUUUCUGCUGCUGGAGGGGGGACCAAGGGCUCUUCUUCUUCUUCUUCGAAGUGGGAAGCUUUGGCAUUGCAAUAAGCUUCCACAACAGUUGCUCAGUACUCUUUUAUACUAGAAGGUAUCUAGAGAUGCACUCUGUAAAGCUCUGCUAGGUAAACAACCUCAUCACAAAUAAUUGCUCUGUUGAAAGUCCAACACUCGAGCCAACCACAUUAUCAGUCAUAGUGCUGAGUGGUUUAGACAAUUUACCUUUGACUAAAAAUAAAUUUAUUUUGUUCGACUUUUAUUGAUAUUGCAGGUCAAACUCAAAGGGUUAGAGGUUUUCUGUCAAAUUGUGCUCGAAUUUUUCAAGUCAGCUAUCAACAGAUCAAUUCCGACCGUAAACCAGACAUUGUCAGUGGAAGAAAUUGGUGAGUUUUCUUUGAAGCAGCUUAAUUUCAGGUGGAAAUGGGUUGACUUAACAGGUAGCUCGCAGGAGUAUCGGUUGAUAGGUCCAGGCUCGAGAACAGGCCAAGUUGUAAUGCUGCGUGUUGUCGUCAGUUGUGUUAUAGUCAUAGCAAACCCUCGUCAUCAACGCAUCGGCACGAGCGUUUCUUCAUCUGCGAGAAAAUGUGAGGCCUUUUGCAAAGCAAGCUGAUGAAAAGAGUGCACGUCUUCAAUCUUCUUGCAGGCGGAGAAACGCGCAUCCUGCAGCUCUUAUCAUGAGGGCCUGGCUAGCAUAUUAUCAAUAGUAUCACAGAACAUUGUCUGUAAAUUUUAUUUCUUGACAUCCAAUCCUCCAAACCGCAGAGCUCUCAAUGCAUAAUCAGUUCAUUGAAUUGAGAGGCCAACUUGUACUUGGACGUGGGGAAGAGAUUACUACUGUAAUGAACUAUGUUCAACAUGGAACCAUAUCUGAUGGGUCUGGCUCAGGACGUCUUCCUCCUCUAAUAGUUCUGGGGUCUUCAGGCUCUGGGAAGUCAGCACUCAUGGCUUAUUGUACGCUGGAGAUACAAAAUCUUGGACUCCCGUUGUUCUUUCACUUUGUUGGGGCAUGUCCUGGAUCAACGGUACCUUUAAAACUCCUGGAAAAGCUUGUACGAUGGUUUAAUAAAGGUUUUAGUGUGGAAGGUCUGUACAUUGCUACUGAACAUUUUAUGUAUAAGACACUCGCAAAUUCUUGAAUGCUGAUCUUUAAAACUGAAUCGCGAUUUUUUCCCUUGAAACUGAUGUUUAUGCACAGUUAGGACUGGCCGCAGACAAUGAUAAACCUCAAUCUGCGUGUUAAAUUCCCGUCUUAACAAAGAAUCGAGAGAACUCAGUGAUUUAUGUGCAGUUAAGUAAGAGAAUCAUUUCCUUCUUACCCUCGAUGCAGACAUGAGUGUGAACCAACUUCAACAAGAGAUCAAGAAAGGCGUAGAAGAGCUUGGUAAACGGGAAGAGGUGUUUGUGAUAAUGAUCGAUGCAGUCAACCAGGUAAUAGUAAGACCUUUUAUUUACAGUCUUUUCCAAGUAUAUUAAAAAACAAAAGCAGAAAAAUCCAAAGAUAUACAAAAUUUCUUGUUUUCCUUCGAGUUUCGCGUUAGUAAAUGUCUUGCGUAGCCCACCGGCGAAGCUUUGGCGCGAAAAUUUCCCGCCUUUUAGUGUCAAGAAACAUGCAGGUCCUUUUUAAACGUGCGCACGUCGCACAAUGAAAAGCAACUUUGUGCAUUUCCUUUCAUCUCUACGCGGACUUCUUUUUUUUACUUAAUUUUAAAUUUAUGUGGUAGCUAGCAGAUGUUGAAUCCCAAGAACAUAUGGACUGGCUUCCAAGCUCUUUCCCGCACAAUGUUCGUUGCGUAAUCAGUGCAGUGACUGACAGUCGUUCUGUUAUCCUCCUGUACGACGAGCGCCGCGCACUUAGUCCAGUACCCCUUCCUCUACCAGACCUUGAUACGUCUGCCCGACAAGAGAUAGUGGAACAUAAAUUGGGCAAAUACAACAAGGUAUUGUUCAGUGCUAUUCAAUACCUGGCAUUUUGACCUAACAAAGAUAAUGUUAAGACAGACAAGUCAAGUUAAACCAAGUGUCGCUUAUUCCCUCUACUUGGUUCAAAACAUGUCACACCUCUUCAGUCAAAACCAAUCAGGUUAUCACAACGUGCUUUUUCCCGCGCAUGGCGCAAGUAUCACGUAUGCUUUCUUUGAGCUCCCUUUGGUUCAUUGCGAUGUUUACGUUUCUUUUAUUGGCUGUUGCAACUAACUGCUUUAUUUUGACUCAGCGUCAUUUGAUUGUUAGUGAUCAUUAACUAUUUUGUCUGAUGUUUCAAGAAACUGGAUGCGGAGCAGAUGGAACUGCUGAUCAAAUCUCAAGGGGCGUCAAACCCUCUUUGGCUAUCACUGUCUUGUGAGGAACUUAGAGUAUUUGGAGUUUUUGAGACCAUCACUGACCACAUCAAAAGUUUGCAAAAUUUGUCUGCGUUGAAAGAACUUCUGGAGUUUAUAAUGAACAGGCUCACAGCAGAGGACGAAGACGACAACAUUCAAAAGGUAUCUCACUCUAGCUGAUUAGAAUUCAGUGGCCGAUCAGUCGUUUAACUUUAAACUUGUGUUUGAUUGUUCUUCUCUAAUCAGAAGGACAAGAAGUUAAAUUUAUGACGUCAUCUUGUCACCAUAGGCAUACGUCAUAUUACUUAAGAACACUCCUUCAAGAAGCUGCUGACCUUGUCAAUCGUUGGAGUAAAAUAAAUUUUUUAAAAAUGAAACUUGCCCAUAAAAGUUGUUCUUUUGGCUUCUCCCUUUUUUUUUUUCGGAGUAUCUGUGUGGGUGGUUGAGGUUAAAGCACAGAAAGCCAGUGUGAUGCAUACAUCUUUAUUCUCAUCCCUUCCAAGCAGUAGUAUGUUGAUGAAAUUAAACUUAGCGAAAAUAACGUUCUCUAUUUUUCUUGAAGGUUUUGGGACUAUUGGCUUGCAGCAGAGGUGGUUUGGGUGAAACAGAGCUCCAAUACCUCCUGAGUGAUGACCUUUCCAAAGCUGUGGCCAUGAUGGUCUGGGCACAAGUGCGUCGAACACUGAAACCUUUUCUUAGAAACAUUGCUGGCAGAAGAGAAGAGGAAAGACUUGAUUUCUUCCACGCUUCAAUACAAGAGGUGAGUAACCUUAUUUCACACAGCAUCGCCCGAUUUCGGACUCAAUCGUCCGUUUUCAGAUAAUAUUAUCAGAUUUUGGAUGUCGACAUCCAAAUUUGGCCGGUACUGUCCGAUUUUGGACACUAGGGUCUGUUUUCAGACGGUAGUGUGUAAAUUUUGGACACUUGUGUCCGAUUUUAGAAAUUCGUGUCCGAAGUUUGGUCGAAAAUAAAUUGCCACAUUUCUUAAAAUUCGUGUUUUAAUAUAUUUUUACAGGUUGUCCUGGAAACUAUUCUCCAGGAUUCUGAGGAAAAGAAAAAAUUCCAUUUGAAACUUGCUGAUUACUUUGAACUUCACUGUAAAGAUAAAGACCGAGUGAUCUUCAUGGCACCAGAACAGCUUAAAUUGGCUGGGAAAAGGAAAAGGCUGCUGGAAUUUCUGUGGAACGAGAAGCGCUCUGGAAAACCAGGACAAUGGAAAGACCGCUACUAUGAGGUAGUUUGAAAUUUGAAAAUCUAUAAAAAAUCUUGCUGUUGGACGAGAAAAGUCCAUAAAAGAAAGUACUUAAAUUUUUAAAAUAGAAAAUCAACUGGUUGAUCCUCUGUUGGGUUUUAAAGUUUAUAGUUGUUGAGAUAGCAACUGGAGCUACGUUCUUAGACAAAAGUCAAUCAUAUUCAUUUGCAAAAGCACUCUCAGCGCGACUCGAGGUGCUGUCCUCCCCCCGCCCCCACCCCCAAAUGGAGAUGAUUUCAAUCUCUCUAACUUUUCCUUUCGUUCUUAACAUUGUUGUUAGUGGUGGUGGGAGGGGAUGGGAUGGGAUGGGAUGGAUAGAAAGAGAGGUCGAUCAAUUUGAAGCACCACUACAAAUGUUGAUGGUGGUAGUAGGGGGGGGAGGUGGGUAGAGGGAGAGAUCGAUCAAUUUAAAACACCGGUACAAAUGUUGGUGGUGGAAGUAGGGGGGGUGGGUAGAGGGAGAGGUCGAUCAAUUUGAAGCACCGGUACAAAUGUUGAUGGUAGGGGGGGAAGUGGGUAGAGGGAGAGGUCGAUCAAGUUAAAGCACUAGUACAAAUGUUGGUGGUGGGAGGGGGUUGGGUAGAGGGAGAGGUCGAUCAAUUGAAAGCACCAUUACAAAUGUUGGUGGUGGGAGGGGGUGGGUAGAGAUCAAUUAAUUUACAGCACCACUACAAAUGUUAUCUGCAAUAUCUAUGUAUACAUGUGUGAGUUGGAGUCAUUUAGAGUGUGUUUGCGAGCUUUUGGGACGUUUGGUCACGAUUGUAGGUUAUGGGCUCAAAUUCUACCGCUCUUUCGAAUAAGGUAUUCAUGCUGCCCGACUUGACCUGCCCAGACCUGCUUGGCCGUUGAAGGUCAGGGUACGUGACGUGACUAAUUGCUGCUCUUAGAAGAAAGGGGGGGGGGGAAGGAGCGUGGGCUCAUUUUCCUGACAGUGCAUGUCUCAUACGCUAUUUAACUCAUAACCCUUUACAUUUUAACAUCAAGAUGUAAAUUAUUCAUACUAUUCUCCAUGCAUUUCCUGAAGUGUAGACAGGGAGAAUUCGUUUAACAAAGUUGGUGAUCAUUUCCACUCUUCUCAUGCCCUCAAUAUGUGAUUCAGGGGUGAUAUUGUAAGGAGAAAUUAGAUUCUAGUCACUCUUAGGGAUCAAAAAGGUUAAUAGUGAGCUGCUCGUCUUCUCCUCCAGGAUUUGCGUUGUGACAUGAGACUCCUACCAGGAACCGCCUUCUCUCACAAAGUUCACAUCUGUAGGUUCUGCGACAUGAAACGUGGAGCUCUAAGUGAGCACUCGUGUUUCAUCUGUGGUCGGUUUACGCCUUGGAGAAAUGACAUGCAGGCUGCUAGGGUUUGUCAUGCGCAUAACCUUCUAGGACCGCCAAACUUGGUAAUGUGUUAUUUGUGCAGAAAACCUGCCUUUAUCGACUAUACUAUGGUUUAUUUAUGUGCUCUUUGUGAGAAUGUAGCGAUAAAGAGAUGUGCUAUGCUUGUAACCGACUGAUUCUGGCUUAAAUUAUAAAGGCUGAUACACAAAGGGUUUGCAUCCGGGUAAUGCCAUAAGUACAGCCUUCAAGCCUUUCUUCCUCUGUCUAGGAGACCUUGCAAUUACAAAGCCCUACCUUCCCAGGACUAAUUGAAGAAUUUACAUUCUCAUGUUUUUUUCUUCUGUUUUGUUUUUAUUAUGCUGCUAUUUGGUUAUUAGCGCAUUUUCAUCGAGCGUCCUAAAACCAAAGCCUAAAUAUUAAUAACAGCUAACAGUACGCAGAAAAAUAUUCCAGUAGGCCGAUAAGAAUGCAAAGUAAGAACAACCGAGUUGUUGAAGCGCGGGAAAGCGCGAAUGAUUGGCUCACAAUUAGUUUUUGAUUUGAAUGUGAUUGGCUAGGAAAGUGGCACGAACUCUAAGGAUCAAUCAGAGGACGAAGUGAAGAAAACCUGUCGAAUUAGUUUCGACAGUCAAUUGAAAAUGUCUCUCUAACCGAAUUUGCUCUCUUGAAUUUCAUAGGAUUAUUAGGAUUAUUAUCUUAUUAUCAUACCAUUUAUAGUGUUAAACGAUAAAAAAAUAGAAAUAUAUCUAAUCUAAAAACAUUGUAAGGGUUUCCUUUAUUAAUGUUGGAAAAUAACUGGAAAAAACAUUGGUCCAACAAAACCAAACAGGCAAUCCAACUAGGCUACGCAAAUCGUAUAAUCUAUUCCAAUAUAUUAUUAUUCGAUCUAAAGAAAGAACGAGAUACAUUUGAGAAAUUGAACAGGAUCCAUCGAUUCAUAAACACACGAGUAAAACUAUUAGAUAGAAUUACAGCACUGAGAACUUACUUCUAUGACGAUGUCUAGUAGGAUUGUUUCACGGUGUAUAGCUACGUACAGACAGGUCAGCAACAGAUGAAACAGGUCAGGGUAUAACAGAACACGGGUCAGCAAGACAGGUUAGCAGAACUUGUACGUAUCUUCGAAUCUUAAGUAUCUGAACUGAAAACUGAACUAUUCACGUGGCUUAAUUACAUAAGCUAGUGUCAAUCAAAAUCAAUCAGGAAAAUCAAGUUAAUGAUUCAUUAUAUUGACGAAAUAAACAUAUUUGCAUGAGCCAUUCAGUAAACAUUUUAAUAAGCCAGUUGAUCAUUUCUUAUUCCUUUUGGCGGUCUUACCUUACACAUAGUGUUUGGUCACCUUUUCCUUAUCGUGAUCGUGAAAUUGACAUGGAAACAGAUAUUUUGCGUAAAGUGCGGUUUGCGGCUAGAUACCGGUAUAUUUCCAUUAUGUUGCUAAAAAAGUAAUUAAUUACUGGGAAAAUGACUCUACCCUAUAAAAAUUGAUCCCGUGCAGGAAUAUCCUGGAAAUAACCCUGCUUUAUACUUACAUCCAUUUAAUACUCUCGUUUUUAGGCUAAAUCCAUGUCGAAUUCCCGAUCAGGAAAAUAGUUUUGAGUUUUGAAUUUAGCACGUUCGAAACCUAUUUUUCUUAGAGGUGACUUAAAGUGUAGACAUCUAGUACUUUUGAUCUUCCGCACUGAAUUUGUAAUUAGAUAACUUAUACGACUAGCACGUAGCUCUUUCAGGGACGGUACCUUGGGUACGCCCUUUCAUCUCCGAAUUUUGUGUUUAUUCUGCUGUUAUGCAACAGCCUUCAAGGACUAUUUUCUUUUAAGAUAUCUUUUCAAGUCUGAUUUUAAUUCUGUUACUAAGUUUAUUAUAAUUUUUAUAUUGUCAAUCUUGUUUUUGUUUUGCCCAAACUUGACUGUAAGACCAAGAAAUUUAAGUUAGAAAGACAUUUCGUGAAGCGUAAACAUCGCGAAGGUAUUUACUUGGUUUUUCGAACUCCGUUCUGCGUAGCCUAACGUGAUUCGCUAUUUAAGUGUGAAAACAUGACGAAGCUUAGAGAUGCUCCAUAAGUGUCACCUUUAUAAGUGGUGACCCACACUUUCCUCGAGAGAUCAGAGCUAGUCCCCGUUAUAA